AUUUUCGCUUAUUGCGCUCCUUUGGCUUCUAGCUUUCCUUCGUCUGCAGUAUGCCUUCACCCACAGCGAUAUGCCUGCGCUUCGUCAGGCGCGCUUCGCUCAAUCCCAGCAAGCACCAAGUCUUGUUGGCACGAGCCUUUUCCAACAGCGUUCGUCGCUCUGAGAUUAACAAAGUGGUCUCUUCUGCAGACCUCGCAAUCAAGGACAUGAAGUCAAACUCAACGCUUCUCGCUGGUGGGUUCGGGCUUUCCGGUGUACCAGACACAUUGAUCAAUGCCGUGAGGAACAACCCUGCAAUCACUGGCUUAACUGCGGUGAGCAAUAACGCCGGCGUUGAUGGAGCUGGUCUGGGCCUCCUGCUGCAGUCGAAGCAGAUCAAAAAGAUGAUCGCCAGUUACGUGGGCGAGAAUAAGACCUUUGAGCGCAUGUACUUGGGCGGCGAGAUCGAGCUUGAGUUGACGCCGCAGGGUACCUUGGCCGAGCGCUGUCGAGCAGGUGGUGCAGGUAUUCCGGCCUUCUAUACGCCAGCUGCAUUUGGAACCGUUGUCCAGACCGGCGAACUGCCGCUCAAGCACAAUCCCGAUGGUACUGUUGCAUUGUACGGCCAGCCCCGCGAUGUCAAGGUCUUUGAUGGGAAGAGUUACGUAAUGGAGGAGGCCAUUAAGGGUGACUAUGCCUUUGUCAAGGCCUGGAAGGCCGAUAAGCUCGGCAACUGCCAAUUUCGCUACGCGGCUGCAAACUUCAACGGCGCCAUGGGUCGAAACGCGAAGAUGACGAUCGUAGAGGCAGAACAUAUCGUCGAGGUGGGCGAGAUCGAGCCCGCCGCUAUCCAUCUGCCGGGUAUCUACGUCAAGCGCGUCAUUCAGAGCACGGCACCGAAGAACAUCGAGAAAUACACCUUCGCCAAGGAGGAAGGUGAGGAUACCGCCGCGGCCCUAGGCAAGGGCGAUACGGCUGCUAAGCGUGAGCGGAUCGUCCGCCGUGCGGCUAAAGAGUUCAAGAACGGGAUGUACGCCAACUUGGGCAUUGGCAUGCCCAUGCUCGCGCCUAACUUCGUCGACCCCUCAGUGGAAGUGCAGCUGCAGUCUGAAAACGGUAUUCUGGGCUUAGGCCCUUACCCAAAGAAGGGCCAAGAGGACGCAGACCUCAUCAAUGCCGGAAAGGAGACCGUCACUCUUGCACCAGGAGCCGCCGUCUUUGGCAGCGAUGAGUCCUUCGGCAUGAUCCGGUCUGGCCGGAUCGACCUGACUAUCCUCGGUGCGAUGCAAGUAAGCGCCAAGGGAGACCUCGCUAACUGGAUGCUCCCGGGCAAAAUUAAAGGUUUUGGCGGCGCAAUGGACCUCGUCUCCAACCCUUCCGCAACAAAGGUUGUCGUGACUAUGGAGCAUACCGAUAAGAAGGGCAACCCCAAGAUCGUCAAACAGUGCGAAUUCCCUCUGACGGGCAGGACUUGCGUUAGCCGCAUCAUCACUGAACUCUGCGUGUUCGAUGUCGACUUUGUCAACGGAUUGACUCUUAUUGAGUUAGCGGAUGGUGUCACAGUUGAUGAGGUCCGGGCUAAGACUGAGGCGCCGUUCAAGGUUGCUGAUGAUCUGAAGCCUAUGCUGUGAUAGGGGUAUCGGCAUGACAUCUUUGUUGUUAUUUUUUUUAUUCUGCAUCCAAUCAGCGGCGUACCUUUGUGAUUUCAAGCGUUGACAGUGCUUUUGGACCUUGUUUGUACAUAGUGGUUGACGACAGGAAUACCUUAUCAUGGGAUAUCUAGUAAACAUAUAACCAUACAUAUA